AUGAGAUUCAUAGUUGCAUUACUUAUAGCUUCCUUGUUCGUAGACAAAGAGGAUUCAGAAUUGUCUUUCAUUCGAAGGCAUAACUUGGAUUCAUGCUCUUCAUAUUCGCUCAAAGUUUCCCCCAGAAACCUAGUCAUCCCUGCCCCUCAUGCAAACACCACAAGCCUCUUAUCCAUUCUCAUUGGGCAGGGGGACUCGGUCUCUCGGUUGCCUGGCCAGCAACCUAGAGCCCUACAGUCCACGGGUCUUAAGCACCAAACCUUGGUCUUUUCGACCAAUUCGGGUUCUGUACAGUCCAACCGAGUCGCCAACACCUAG